AUGGCCACAUCAACUGAACACCGUAUGAUAAGCAAACAUACUCCAGUUCCAUUCCUACUCGAAGCUUUUCCUGUACCACCCUCACAUAUUCCAGUCUCUCCAGUCUCUCCGGUCUCUACUAAUCCACCACCUUCGCUACCACCGACUGCACCACUACCACCACUGCCAGGUCCCAUCCGAUAUCAAGAAGGUCCUUACAACAUUCCAGAUGCACUCAAACCUGCGUUUAUCAUCCCCUCGCCACCCGACAGACCUGGCUCAAUAAGCCCAGACGUUCCAGCUAUCAUACAAGCAACUCCACGUCCACGCUCGCGCCCUCGUUCGCGUCCCAACAAGUCACGUUCGAGGGCAAACAGUCUUAAUGGGUAUAGAUCCUCAGGGUCGUCAAAACACUUGCCCAAUCCUCACGAGUUCGAAGUUGAAGUAGAAGACCAGGAUGCCCCCGACUCCGAUUCGAGCAUCGAUCUCCAUACCCCUUUGCCCCAUCUCAUGCUUCGACACGGUCUCCUCUCUCCCCACUCCAAACUCCUCCCAUCAUCACCUCCAGCCCCAAAUCGUCUCUCCAUCGCCUCAAAUUUAUCACAAGCGUCCCUAAAGUCCAAUUUCUCAAACCAAUCAGACGCGUCAUUGCUCACCAAUAGUUCCACCGGAAGCAAGCAUCCAAAGGAUUCAAGGGACACUCCUGGUAGACGCGUGAGGCAUCGUGAUGGAAGGUUGUUGAGAGGAGGCAUUGGUCUCACAACUGGUUUGGGAUGGAGUGAUAGUGAAGACGAAGACGCCCCCUCCCCACUUACACGCCGUCUCUCAGCGCUCAACCUCUCCCGACGCUCAUCCGCCACGUCCAUAUCCACAUCCCAAUCUUAUUCCUCCCUCCGCUCGCCACACCCUCUCUCACGCAGCAUCUCCCAUUCUAUCCUUCGCGAAGAAGAAAACGAAGAAGAAGUGGAUGAGUUCGGGCGCGUCGUCCGAGGAGCCAACUCUGCACGCACAGAUGACGGGCGCGUCAUCCUCGACGGACAAUUCUCCAAAAGCCUCCCACCUAGAACCAAGCCUCUCACCUGUCGUCCCAAAUCCCGCCCUCACAAACCCAAAGGCGAAACCCGAGUCCCAGUCCCAAUCCCACUUGAAAACGAGAUGGAUGGUGUGACUCCCACCCGCGCAGACUUUCGCAAUAGCGCAGGGUCGAGUUCUAGUGGACUCGGGACGGGUGCGGGUGGUGGGACUGGUAAUGGCUCGAGCACCACUUCUACUUCCUCGCUGUCCCUUCCAUUCCCUGCGACACCCCAGAGCCCCGUAGCGUUCUCGGAGACGAGUCCUAACCCCUUGUCGGGCAUGACACAUUCGCACAAGCACUCGCUGUCUCAGUCAUCGACGUUGUCAUCAUGCAACAUCGAUAAAUCGCUUCCUCCGCUCCCUUUGACACCGAAGAAAUGUCCGCCUUCGCUUUCGAGGUUGAGGACGUAUUCGAACACGUCGAGUGUUGGGUCUGUGGAAUUGAGCGGUGGGGGGCUUAGGAUUAUUGGUGAGGCUGGGACGGGGACGCCACGCCCUUCGUUGGGCAGUAUGCCGAGAUCUUCGUUGGGCGGUGUGCCGAGACCUUCGUUGGGUGGUAUGCCGAGAUCUUCAUUGGGCGGCGUUCCGAGACCUUCAUUGGGUGGUGUUCCGAGAUCUUCAUUAGGAGGCGUCCCACGACCGUCCUUGGGCGGUGUACCCCGACCGUCGCUGAGCUCCCCCCGACCUUCGAUAAGCCCCCACCCAUCUGCAUUUAACACUUCGUUGUCGACGCCUAAUCCGUCUUUGUCCAUUCUCGCAGGGCAGAGCGGCGACGGCAGGGGUGUAUCCUCUGUGGCAUUCGUGAGCGCGAGUACGGGAGAUAGCAGCUUCUCGAACCCAGGAGACAGCGUCUUCACGAACCCUAGAGAUAUCAGCAGCAUCACUAUCCCAAGUGCCUCGAGCCCUCGAGAAAGUGGCUCCCAAAGCCCCCUCCCGCGCACCCUCAAACUCCUCCAACCAGGUGAACAGCCCCAACGGCCAGGGGCAGUACUGACAUACAACCGGAACGUGCAUGAUCAGCUUAAACGCGCGCAGUCUCAGCCGCAGCCGCAGCCGCAGUCUCCCUUGACGCAAUCGCACACGCCGAUUCUGCCUUUGUCACCUGUGAUGCGGACGCUUGUGAAGCCUAAUUCUUCGGGGAGUGUCGAGGUUGUUGGAGGGUUCUGGUGCCUGAGACUCUCUCAGAGGCUCUGGGGAACAUUUUGCUAUCCCGCGGGCAUUGCAGCUUCUGACGCACGUUCACCUCGAGGUGACACCCCCCUCGACGAAUCGACUACUCGACGAACCGACCACAUCCUCCUCAACGAACCACCUCCACGCGAAGCAUCAACAACGUCAACGUACACAUUUCAAUUACUGCAGAUUCAUAUUUCGGACGGUUGGGACCUAGACCUUUCAAAUAUUUUCUUUUUCGUGGGACCUGACGCUUUAUUUCUACUCUAA